AUGGCUACCAAGCGAUCAUUUUCGGAAGUCGACACUCAUCCUGACCGGCAACACCUGAUACAGGGCGACUCGUCUGCCCAAAGACAGAAGAAGAGCACCCACAACCCCAGAGAGGAUUCGACCAACUGGGCUAAGAAGCGAGCACGAACAAUUGAGAGACUGUUCCAAAAGGGCAAGGAUGGCAUUCCUGCCGAUGUGCUGGCCGAGCUCGAACGCGAGUUGGCAGCGCACAAGAAGCGGAUUGCUGAGGCAAGCAACAAGAAGCUGCGAUCCAAGAUGAUUGGCAAAUACCAUAUGGUUCGGUUUUUUGAGCGUAAAAAGGCCCUGCGGCUCGAGAAGCAGCUCAAGCGCAGACUCGAAAACACGACGGACCCCGAAGAGAUUGCGGCCAUCAAGGCUGACCUACACAUUGCCGAGGUGGACAAGAUGUACACCAUGUACUUUCCUUUCUUGGAGCGCUAUAUCAGUCUGUAUCCUGUGUCGGAUGGCUUCAAGACGAAAGACUCGGAGGAGUCUGCAGACAAGAGCUCGGCAGCCCUUCACUUGCGCGCCGAGCGACCACCGAUGUGGAAGACGGUUGAGAAGGCCAUGGAGAGUGGUACACGUGCUCUGGAAAGAUUACGGGACAGGAAAGAUGGCGCCGAGAGUCUAUCAGCCUCGAAACCACAAGCAGCAAAGCGACCCGAGAGGCCGUCUCGCACAAAAGCUCUGGCUGCGGAGCGCAAGCCUUCCUUGCGGGAGCCCUCUUCGGCCCAGGCUAAGAAACCCAGCAUUAAGCAAGACGCGCCGGCUCCGAUGAACAGGCGGCAGCGUAGAGAGCGCGAAAGGGCCGAGGCAGCCGCCGCCGCCGAAAAUGAGAGUGACGGCGGAGGUUUCUUUGAGUAG